AUGCUGAACUGCCAGGGUAACCCCUCCCUCAGUGGCGCUGCCAGUGCUGCUGUGGGUGGUGCAUCGGGGGCUUCGCGUAGCACCUUCAACGCCGCGCACAUCAAGGUCGAGUUCAACCAGUACUGGUACUCCAGGAACACGGUCCACCACCUUGUGCGCGAGGUGUGCCAUCACGCCACCGCCUGCGCCUUCUUGUCCACCCCGUCGCUCUUCUUUGCACUGGACGAGCGCCGCGGCAAUGAGACGGCCGAGGACGAGGCACGGAUGACGCAGCUUCGGCGCUGCAGUCGCGUGUUCGAGUACGACGCCCAGUGGGCCAGCGACCCGUGCUACGUGCACUACGACUUUCACCAGCCGGACCAGGUGCCGAUUCAGUACAUGGCUGCCUUCGACUACGUCGUCGCCGACCCGCCAUUCAUCACGGCGGACGUGUGGGCGCAUUACGCGACGACGGCGAAGCUGCUGCUCAAGGAGGGCGGCAAGCUGCUCUUCACGACGGUGCUGGAGAAUCACACAAUGCUGGAGAACCUGCUCGAUCGCCCGCUCUUCAUUGCCGCCUUCUACCCCCUUGUGGAGCACCUAACGUACCAGUACGUGUGCUUCCUCUCGUACGAGCCCACCUGUCUCGCGCAGCCGAACACGGAGCUGCCCGAGGCGGACGCGAAGAUGGUGGCAGCCGUCCGCGUGGCAAACGACCUGCGCUCUUCGGAGAGGGAGUUCGCGCUGCAGAUGGCGCAGCGCAAGCGUGAGGGCGAGGAGCGGCUGCCCACUGCCGCCUUUGAGCGCGACAACGAGCUCGCGCAAAAUCCGGAGGCGAGGCAGCGCGCAGAGGCGGAGCGAAACGCCGUGAACUGGGACACGAUCCCGAUCGAGAAGAUGGAGUGGGGGCACAUCCCGGAAGGGCUCACCAUGUACCCGGAGGGCAACGUGCCACCGACCGCGGUGCAGCAGAGGGCUGUGUCUGGCACCAGCGACGAUCCGGCGGCGGCGGCACCGGUAACCGCUGAGAGCUUUGGGCUCGAGUACGACGCGUGUCGGCGCCUUCGCGCGAACCUGGACGCCUUCAAGAGCUCCAUUGAUGCAAUGCAGCGCCACAUGGACGCGCAGAUGAAGCUGCGUCACCAGCGGGUGAAGCUGAGCAAAGAGUUGACUGCGCUGAAGGAGGCAUCCAAGCAUCAUGACGACACCGCGGAACACGACGCGUCUGCCGUCACCCCGGCCGCCGCGGGCUUUUCUGCCUCUGCAAUCGAAGCACAAGUCGCCGAGGCAACGAACGCCAUUGCAAUGAAUGAGCGGGAGCGGGCCGAGCGGCUGGAUGAAAUGGAGCUGCUGGCGCGGCAGAUUGAAAAAGGAGAGGCGGAGCUGGCGGCGCUCGCGCUGCAGCAGCCGUCCUCCGCCUCUCCUGCCACCGACAUGGCAGCUGCUGGUGACGCGGAUACCAACGCGGCCGGUGCAAGCGGCCAGCAGUCCCCAUCCGCCGCCACCCCGUAUUAUGCCCCCUAUGCGGCGGCCAUGACGGAGUGCAUUCAGGCGUAUCGCUCGGUUGAGGCAAAGAAGGUGCCGCUGCAGGAGCUCGCCGCGGAUGCGACGCGUCGCUUCAAGUUUCCUGUCUUUGCGCGCAUGAAGGAGUUGUUGCAGCGGAUGAAGGAGCUGAAGCAGCAGCGGUGA